AUGGUAGAGUCUGUAACUCCGGUUCCUUCGAAAAUGGUAAGAUCUUUGGUGCAAGAAGAAGGAGUUGAUCCGUAUCAUCUUGACUUGAAUAAGCGGAGGGGAUUCGCCAAUCCUCCGGACGUAAAGCGCAUAGUGGCUUUUAACCCAAAUACAUUACCCACAAUGGAAGUAAACAUGUUAGUAACGGAACCUUCUUCAAAAAGGUCGAAUAACAAUCGUAACAAAUAUCUCGCUCAAAUCGAACAAAAUUAUGCGAAAGCUUUACGGAAUUAUUAUGAAGCUAUACGACUAGAAAUUGAACCCUAUGAUAGAAGUUGUAUACUCUAUAAAAUAGGCCUUAUUCACACAAGUAAUGGAGAACACAUAAAAGCUUUGGAAUACUGUUUUUGGGCAUUAGAAUGA